GUCCAGCCGCAGAUCCGGCACCGUCAUCGCGAGAGAGAGACCGCGGAAUCAAAGAAAGAGCCUCCUUAAUCAUUGAGCCGAGCCGGGCGGCAACGAGACGAAGGCGGCGGGAGCGCCUACCAACCGGAAGAGCUAUUUACUAAUAUUUUUUGUGGAAGUCUCAUGGUGAUGCUUAGUGAACAGCAGCUACAAGAGAAGGUGCUUCAGUACGAAGCAUUUAUCAGUGAUGUUUUGCAGAGAGACCUUAAGAAAGUGUUGGAGCAGCGAGAUGAGAUUUAUGAAAAGAUUGCUCAGUAUUUGCAACUCAAGAACAUUAUUGAACGUUUACAGGAAACAGGAAGCCAGGAGCUGAAAACUCAAGUGGAUCUAGGCUGCAAUUUUUAUGUCAGUGCAGAAGUGCCUGAUACAUCCACCAUAUUCAUAGCUCUGGGUUAUGGGUUCUUUGUGGAGCUGACUCUACCAGAGGCGCUAACCUUCAUUGAGAAGAAGACGAAGUUGCUUAAUGAGCUCAGUGAAACGCUUACUAAAGAUUCUGCCAGAAUAAAAGCCAAUAUCCGGAUGGUUUUAGAGGGAUUACGUGAACUGCAAGGUUUCAGAGAUCUGUCUGAGGAGAACAGAAGCGAUGUUUUCCUCUAGGUAUCCAUCUUCUAUGAUCCACAGGGAGUAAUUUUGGUUUUCUAGAAGAAAAAUUGAUUGUGGAUUUUUUGCUGCAGUAGGGGCUGCAUGCAUGAGGAAAAACUUGUGAAUGAGAGACAGUGACAUGAGGUAGUGAUGGAGAAGAGCAGCUCCACUUUUAAUGAGGGUGUUAGGCUCUUUGAACUUCCUCCCAUGUCUAAUUCCAAUUUUAGUAUUUCAUUUUGAAAAUAAUUGUAUUAAUAAAGAUUCUGUAUUUGUA